AUGGAGGCUAGUAAAAGACUUCGUUUCGAUGUCAUCGCUCUCCAGGAAACAAAAGCAAAAGAAACAGCUACCAGGAAGACCAACGAUGGCCACCUAAUUGUUCUCGGAGCCAAACUGAGCGGAAGAAAUGUCGGUGGUGUUGGAUUCCUCGUCCACCAUCGGCUCGAGCAUAUGGUCGAUUCGGUCGACAAGCGCACUUUCUUUAGUAUUAUCAACUGCUAUGCACCGACGUCAGCAGCUACGGACGAAGAAAAGGACGCGUUCUACAAGGAAUUGGAGGAGAUGAUAAAAAGGGAACGGUCCUACUACAAAUAUGUUGUCGGAGACUUUAACGCAGUCAUCCAUGAGGAAAUGCCAGCGACAGCGCGCAUUGGGCCACACGGAACCGGAGAAACAAACGAGAACGGCGAACGUUUGAUGGACCUCUUAGAGCAAUGCAAUCUCUUUCACGGAAACAGCUUCUUCACGAAAAAAGAGGAUCGGCGAUGGACGUGGGAGAGUCCGAAUGCCAACGACUCACAGCGAAAUCGACCACGUUCUCACUAA